GUAAUGCCCUUUGACAAUGCAUAUAUAUUCUUGAGAGUCAACCUGAUGAGCGACUGUAAAGAUAAUUUAUUAUUAUCAUCAUCUCGCUCCUAUCAUCAUCUUCCUAUUCUUUACUAGUGUCACAAUUAUCAAACGCCAACAUCAUGUGCAUAUACGCGUGCAACUAUUGCCCGACUUGCAAAUGUGAUUCUUGUGCAAAAUGCCAAAACGAUAUGCAAAAGUCACAAGUGUUGCCGAAGCUUGCUACCGAAAACAAACUGCUAUGUACAAGAUCACUACAUCCUGUAAAUGGAAAAGAUUUAUGCGCUCCAAGGCGACGGGAAAUUGAACGUGAUAUAAUAUUCCGGACUCGAGAGGCUUUACUAGAUUCGUGCGUGAAUGGCGGACGAGACCAAAAAGACUUCAUCACAGUAGGACCAGAUACAAACUUAUUUGGGCUUGAUGCGGAAAUAUCAUUAGUUUCACUUUGCCUCUCAAGAAUACAUAUGGUCAAGGUUACAAAUACAGAUAUCGGAGAAAUGAUCGUCGAGAUGAUAAUGACAGCAGAACGCAAACACUGUUCACGAUGGUCAUUCUGCUUAAGCUGCACCUGCACCGCCUUUUCAGAGAUGAAUUAUUUUCCACCUUGCGAAUGCGGACAUAGAGAAGAGCAUCACGCCUCCUUGGCGAAUUUAUGCAAGAGUAAAUCAGUUCCAAUGACUGUGAAACAGUUUGCAAAGAUUCUCCUACGACUGGAGAUUUUGACAGAUUUUGGUGACGUCUCAUUGAGUGCACUGGCGAAUGCAUAAGCUAGGCGUAGACUCUGACCUAGUGUCUAUCUGGAGUUGCGAGAAACGUGGCAUGAAGAGUGGUUGCGUCGCUGGAGUUUGUUGGCUUAACUAAUUCUUGUAUAGAUUCCCUAAGCUUAUUUAGCCUUUUCUUCACAAUGUAUGAGAAGUUCGCGAGCUGGCUGAAAGUUAAACGCAUCCUUCUACACUGUCUAAAGCGCCAGCAUGAGACCAUUUACCGAGACAGCCACGCCAUGUGUUGCACUUGCCAUAAUACAGGCGAAGCCCGAAAUAUGUUCACCGAUUUAGGCAGCAG